UUGUUCAGAAAUUUUCGACGGAAAGGCGAUUUUAUCUUCAAUAAACAGACGGGAAGGUUUACACUCUUAGUUGAUAACUUUUGCAGAAUCCAUUAAACACAAACCAGCAAUGGCGCCCGUUAGCCUAUAUCUUGGUUUAAUUCUUUAUGCCGUAGUUGCCCAGGCUGAAAGGCAUCGAAGGAACACGGCGUGCUAUGUCAGACUUGGGUGCUUCUCGAUCGACCCCCCAUUUAACAACACCGACGUGCUUCCCAUGAGCCCCUCGUUCAUAAACACGCAGUUCUACCUGUUCACUGACUUCCACCAGCGAACCCCCACCACCAUUUCUGAGGACGACUUAAACAGCUCACGCAGAACCAACUUCCGGCCGGAACUGGACACGGUCAUCAUCAGCCAUGGUUUUCUACAGAAUGGUCGAGUUGAUUGGAUGGUACACAUGGCUAUGGAGAUGCUAAAACGAAAACCACAGAAUGUGAUAUUGGUGGACUGGGGCAAUGGAUCUGGCUUUCCAUACAAUCAGGCAACGGCCAACACCCGUGUGGUCGGGGCAGAAAUCGCCGUCCUUGUAUCCUCUCUAAACCGCGUGCUUGGAACCACUAACUCUCAGUAUCAUCUGAUUGGUCACAGCUUAGGUGCGCACGUUGCAGGAUACGCAGGGUCGCGACUUCCGGGAUUGGGUCGUAUCACUGGGCUUGAUCCGGCUCAACCAAAUUAUCAGAAUUUCGAUGACCAGGUACGGUUGGACCAGGGUGAUGCUGUUUUCGUGGACGCUAUCCACACUGAUGGCUCUGAUUACGACACAAUUUCAGGAUAUGGGAUGAUGCUUCCCGUGGGACACAUGGAUUUUUACCCUAAUGGUGGGAGCAAUCAGCCGGGCUGCCCGCGACAAAGCUUUAUGAAUAUCAUAACCGAGGAAUACGAGGACGGGACCUACGAGACCGGCAAUAUCAUAAGCUGCAGCCACAGUCGUUCCAUUUUCCUCUUCACGGAAUCCAUCAACUCCCCCUGUGCAUUUAGGUCAUUCCAGUGCUCAAAUACACGUGAUUUUAUGGCGGGAAAUUGCUUCAAUUGUGGUGGCUUGCCCUGUCCUAUGAUUGGCUACGAUGCAAUCCGAUACAGAGCCAGGGGGAAAUUCUAUCUAGCCACACGAUCAGGCACUCCAUUUUGUGGUCACCAGUACCUUGUUCAGCUGAAGUUUGGAACAUUUUCGCAUCCAACAUACGGGACCUUGAAACUGAAAUUCCUGACCUCCAGUGGGUUAUCGGAUUCAGUUGUCUUCAGCGGAAUCCAGAGACCAUUUUCGUCUGGGCAGACCCGAGAUUUGAUGCUAGUUGAACUCUCUAAGCUCGGGGACAUUCAGCAAGCUCAACUCGAGUUCCACGAGGAGAGGUCCUUUUUCUCCUGGGGUGAAGACAGGGGUGUAGUGGUGGAGAGGGUCACCAUUACGGCGGCCGACACAGACAAGUCAGUCUACUUCUGCGGGCACGCUCUGAGAAUGACGUCAGACGACCACGCCGGUCUCCAUCACCGUCAGUUCACCCCAGACUGUUGAGACAGCUACCCCUUGUAAUGUCUAUAUACCCGUACAUGUAUCUUAUAGUCUUUGACAAUUUGUGCUGUGUUAUAAUUCCACAGUUUGCAUAUAGCUACAUGUAUGUAAUUACGUAAGUAUAAUCGCUGUAGUCAUCAUGUACAUGUAUAUCUUUUAAAAUGUUUUCCAGGAUACGAAAAAUGAUUUGUUUUUUUUGUUUUUUUAAUACACAUAUUGUGAAAUAAAAAGAGAUUUUUUUUGCAUCAA